UAUUUCGCUGACCAGCAUAACAGUGGGCGCAAUCCACGUGAAAAGAUAUAAGGUUUUUGUCAGGAGAAACGACCGAAAAAAAUGAAUGGAAAAAGCUACAAAGAAGCUAUUAAUGACGUUAAAAAUGAUAAAUAUACCAAGAAACAUUCUCGUUUUGGGUCAUAUUUACUGGCUUUACGUCCAUGGUCGUUUUCUGCGUCGUUAAUUCCCGUUGUUCUCGGAGCGUUGCUGGGGUGGAAGACAACCGGCGAGUUAAACAUCCUUCUGACUUUAGUCACUACUGUUGCAGUCCUCUGUGUUCAUGCUUCCGGCAAUCUCGUCAAUACAUACUAUGAUUAUCUACGAGGUGUAGAUAGUAAGGUUUCAGACGACAGGACGCUUGUAGAUCACAUCUUGACUCCAGAUGAGGUAGUUCGUGUUGGUGCUUUGACUUAUGUUGUAGCAAGCUUUUGUUUUCUGGUCGUUGUGAGUUUAUCACCCGCCAAGAUGGAACAUUUGGCUCUCUUGUUCUUUGGUGGACUUUCAGGAUCUUUUCUUUACACUGGUGGUAUUGGUUUGAAGUACUACGCCCUUGGGGAUAUCGUUAUUCUAAUAACCUUUGGACCUUUAGCUGUGCUGUUUUCCUAUAUGAUCCAGUGUGGUCAGUUUGCUAGCUUUCCUCUAUACUAUGCUAUACCACUGGCACUAAACACUGAAGCCAUCCUACACAGUAAUAACACCAGAGACAUGGACAAUGACGAAAAGGCUGGCGCAGUGACUCUGACRAUACUAGUUGGUAAACAUGCAUCUUAUGCUGUUUACUGUUUGUUGUUGUUUACGCCUUAUGUCAUCUGUGUUGUUUGGGGUGUCAACAUCUCAGUUCGGUACUGCCUGCCACUGCUGACCAUAGGUUUUGCAUUCAGACUAGAGAAAGAAUUCAGAGAUGGUAAACUUGCUUCUUUACCAAAGAGAACUGCUAAACUUAAUUUUUUCUUUGGGCUUCUGUAUCUCAUUAGCUUUGUCAUAGCUCCACGACUACCACACAUAAGGAAAUUAUAACUAUUCACCUUUAGGAACAGAGUAAAGAGAAAAAAAUUUUUAAACGUCACUCAACCGUAAAUAGUUCAUUAAGACCCCCAAUUGAAUUGUAACAAAUUCUGCUAUACGCAAUGAGUGGAAUAUUUUGUGUACUYAAAAGACAUUGCUUGCUUCCUGCAAAGCCGAAAAAAUAGAUUUGUGCCAAAAAAUACCAUGCUCUUGUAAAAAAAAGAGAAGCUGCAAUUAAAUUAGCCUUACAGUGACAAAAUUGAAUUAAAGUUUCUGCUUGAACACA